UAUACAUACAUUAUUAAAUAUUCUAUAUGACUGUACAAAGACCAGGGUGCGACUUGUGUAUGUCACUUAUGCUUAUAAACAAAUAACGAAAACGUAGUUUUCUAUGCCUGAUGAGCGAGGAAUAAAAAAAUCAAAAAUAGGCGAAGGAAAAAAUUUAUUGAAAAAUAUUGGGAACCAACUGGUUUAAGGCACCAAUUAAUGGCAAUUACUUCUCUGAUAUAUAAAUUGGUGAUAUUGAGUGCUUUAUCAAUAUCUCUAGUUAUAUACUUUAUCUUCGUGACGUACAAGAAUGGAAGGUUUGCCUCACAUAUUAUCAAAGUGGACCGAGAGAAAAUUUUUGAUAAAAAUACAUUAGUCAAAGAUACCUCAUUCCAGCAAUUUGGUUUAGAACAAAUAACCAUGCUGAAGAGGAUGGAUAAGAAAAGACCUUUGUUCAAUAUCAAAAUGACCCCAUGGAAAGUUUUGUCAGACAAUCACACCAUGCAUUCAGAAGAUUGUCGAUGGUCAAUGAUUGUUGCCGUCAAGUCAGGAUACGACAGAGAUAAACAACGAGAUCAUAUCAGAAAAACAUGGGGUUCCAACACAUUCCUUAAUGGGGUAUGCUUGCAUGUGAUUUUUACUGUUGCAAAUACAAAAACUAUUGAAGAACAUAGUCAACUAGAAAAGGAAGAAUCAAUACAUGGUGAUAUUUUACAAAUCGAUUUGGAGGAAACUUAUCCAAACAUUGGAUAUAAGGCUCUAGCUUCAAUGCAAUGGAUAGGAGAGAAUUUUCCGAACAAUUGGAUCUACUCAUCUGCAGAUGAUGAUAUGUUGCCAGAUCUUCCUCUCUACUACAAUGAUGUGGAGUAUUUAAUGAACGGAGAAAAAAAUUCAUCAAUAAAUUUUACGUCGAAUGAUUUUCUGGCGUUAAAUUCUGCCAACCAUUUCCCGAUAUUUUGUGGAUUUUGGCAAGCGCGAACCGGUAAACCAAAGAGAUACGAUUGCAAAUGGCAAAUUGAUGUAAAAACUUAUCCCUACGAAUAUUAUCCGCCUUUUUGUUUAGGGGGAUUUUAUUCAAUGUCAGUGAAACAUGCCAGCGCGAUUUACUCUGUUUCAAGAUGGUAUCCCUACUUUCAUUUGGACGAUGUUUGGAUAACAGGAUUUAUGAGACUACGCUUAUGUGAUUUAAUUUCAGAAGAGGAUUUUACUUUCAAUAAAACUGAUUUUAACUGUGGGAUAUCUAAAUUGUUAGGAGACAGAGUUAUACACGGAGCAUAGUGAUUCUGUUUUCAUAUAAAACGGAAUGCUUUAUUUGUCGCAUUUUUGAAUGGUGUUCACAAUAAGCUGAGCAUUUUCGAAUAUAUACUAAUCAUGACUUUUGUUAAAAAUAUCACAAACUUAGCAAACUGUGAUUGAAGUGAAUAUUAGCAAUUACCACAUUUGAAUAUUCCACCCUAAAUUAUCACUUUCUCUCAUUUCGUUAUUUGUUAGCAACGUUUUUUUUCUUCCCGUGCUGAGCCUUGGCGAACAUAUUAAUAUAAAUUACGUUCCCCAAUUUGUUACUUGGCGAUCACUGUAUACUGUUAAGAUAUUUUUUAGUUAAAAUUGGAAACACGUGAAAGCAUAGACUCCUAAUUUUAAUUGAGUUCAACUUUAAAUUGGUUUUGAACUUUGUUUUGAUGACCUUUCCAUGUGCAUUUGAAAUUAAUUUAUGAGAAAUGGGUUAUAAAAAAGGACUAUUUGAAUCUAUGCAUUUUAAAUCCUCUUUUGGGAAAUAAAGCAAACUAAUACUAAGUGAAUUCGGUAUUUAGAGAGUGCUAAGGUUAUCUUUGUUAGAAUAGCAACUAAUAUUUUUAUUUAUUACUUGGUAAGUAAACAAUCAUCUUAAAAUAACAAAUAAAUUGAAUUCUUAAAAAUCAAUGUGUGCAUGUCGCAAGAAAUAUGCAGCGAUUUUCACAUGAUUGAAUUUGACAUGAUUGAAGAUAAAUAUUUAAAAACACAAUAUGUUGAUUACCGUAACGAUGGCACAAUACUUCGGAAGGUGUCAUCAAUAUACAGGG